AUGGCUCUUUUCUCCUCCAUUAUCGCCUCCUCCUCUGCCUUUCUCCUCCACGCGGCUGUCGCCUGGUGGGAGGAUGACGUGGCAGCGUUCCUGGCAGGGAUGGGUCGCACGCUGGCAGCAACAGCCCUCGUCGCAGCAGCCAUGGUUCUAUCCCACAUCAACUCCCUUGGCCUUGAGAUGGACAUGCUCUUUUCCUCCCUCAGGGCCUUCCUUCAGCUCUGCGCCAUCGGCUUUGUACUCAAUUUUGUCUUCUCCAUUACCGGGAUAGUCUCGGUGCCUCUCAUCUUCCUCACCUUCUGCUUCAUGGUUACCAUCGCGGGGGUUACUGCAGCCUCCCGUGCUUCCCUCCCGGCUCUUCGUCUUGUCACCUGUGCGUCCAUCUUCAUCUCCUGCUCUGUCUCCCUCGUCGCGCUGCUCCUCCUUGGCAUCUUCCCGGCCACGCCACGCUUCCUCAUUCCAGUUGCGGGGAUGCUUGUAGGCAAUGCAAUGACGGCCACAGGGGUGGCACUGCGCAGAUUGCGAGAAGAUCUCAAAUCAAGCGCAGCACAAGUGGAGGCCGCAUUGGCAUUGGGAGCCAAUCCCAUGCAAGCAGCAGCAACACUCAGGAGGCGAGCGCUGGUAGUCGCUCUGGCUCCUCUCCUUGACUCUACCAAGACUGUGGGUUUGAUUUCCCUGCCGGGAGCUAUGACUGGGCUGAUUAUGGGUGGUGCUUCCCCGUUUGAAGCCACGCACUUGCAGAUUAUAGUCAUGUAUAUGCUGAUGGCAGCAGCCACUGGGAGCAGUGUGCUGGCGGUUUCCUUUGCGUGGGGACAUGGCUCCUUCAGAUGCAAACAACAGUCGACUGCCGUUCCGUUGCUGCCAACCAAACGACCUGCGAUUUCUAAAAAGAAGCUGAUUAGCUCUUUUAACAACGCCUAG